AUGCCUAGACGACCAGCUCAAUCAUCCAACCGAGAGAAUAUGCCUGCCUCCUCUCCCUCCAGCUUUAACCAUUUUCAAUUCACUUUCAACUGCUCCGCCUCAAACUCGGGCAAAAAUAGCUUUAUAGAGCCUGAUCCCGACGCACAGGAUAUCAUCCUCAGAGACUCUGAAUCCCUGACCGACAGUGUACAAAACUUCCCAGAAGAAUUUGGUCGCACAUACCAUGCUUACCGCGCUGGUUCUUACAAUUUCCCCAACGAUCAGCCAGAGCGAGAGCGCCUAGACCUACAAAAUGAAGCCUUGGUGAAGCUCUUUGGCGGGCGGCUGUUCUUUGCUCCCUUGUCAAGGACGACUCCGCCUAGAAGCAUGCUGGAUAUCGCUACAGGUACUGGUGACUGGGCUAUCAAGAUGGGGGAUUUGUUUCCACAAACUGAGGUAGUUGCUACCGAUCUCUCACCUAUUCAACCUCGAAACGUACCGCCAAACGUGAGUUUUUACGUUGAAGACUCUUCUGAGCCUUGGGAUUACUCUCAGCCCUUCGAUUACAUCCAUACCCGAGUCACUUCUGGCUGCUGGUCCAACUUCAAGGAGCAGAUAGCCGACCAGGCUUUCCAAUCAUUAACCCCUGGAGGCUGGUUCGAAUCUCAGGAGUAUGAUGCCACGGUCAAAUGCGACGACAACACCCUCGAUGCGAAUGGCCACCUUGCCACAUGGUUCCGGGAAAUCAAAGAGGCCUCGGCUACAAUGGGUCGGCCUGCUGACGUUGCUGAAAAUGCUCGGGAAGCGUAUGAGCGGGCGGGGUUUGUUGAUGUGCAGGAGCGUAUCUUCAAGAUGCCCAUGAAUGGCUGGCCCAAGGACGAGGGCCUCAAAGAGCUAGGACGCAUGUGGGAGAGGAAUUUCUUGAUGGGUCUUAGCGGGUUCUCAUUCACGCUUUUCAACCGUGUCUACCAGAGAACUCCUGCGCAGAUCGAGGUGUCACUUGUGGACGUACGCAGAGAACUCAUCGACACACGAAUACACGCCUGGAUACCAGUUCACAUCGUCAUCGGUCGGAAGCCAUUCCCGGGCGAGGGACCUAUACCGCAGAUGUCAUUCUCAUGA